AUGGGUGGCGGCGAUCUUAAUCUCAAGAAAUCGUUUCAUCCGACGUUACGGCGAAACCAGCAAGCCGUCUACGAGGAGGAACAAAAAGCGCUUGCUGAGCGAAAGCGCACCCAACAACGAGUCAAUGAAAUCAAGGAGGAGCGCGCAAAGGAGGAGUUGCAGCGGCAGCUGGAAGCCGCUGGUGGCAAGAAGAGAGUAGACAGAGUGGACUGGAUGUACCAAGGGCCUACCGAUGGCCAAGUUGGUACCAGCGAAGAGACCGAGGCGUACCUCUUGGGCAAGCGCCGAAUCGACAACCUCAUCAAGGGCACGGAUCACAAGAAGCUGGAGAAGAGCGCUGGAGAGGACAGUUUUAUGGCCCUUCAGAAUGCGAAUAGUGCAAGAGAUACGGCAUCCAAGAUUCGGGACGACCCUCUCCUCGCGAUUAAGAGACAGGAACAAGCGGCGUACGAGGCCAUGAUGAACGAUCCCAUCAAACGACGGCAGCUAAUGGCCAAUAUGGGAAUAGAGGACGAGAAGAAGAAGGGGAGGUCACGAGACAAGGAGCACAGACAUAGGCACAAGCAUCGUCGACACCGAAGCAGGAGCAGAGACUCCGAGGUCCAAGACGUCAUCGCAAGGAUGACGACGAGGAGGAACGCCGACACAGACACCGAAGGAGGAGAGAAUCCGGGGACAGUCGAAGCCCGCGCCGAACCCGAGACGAUUCGUUGGAGAGACGACAUGAGGGAAGCCACAGAAGGAACUCUCAUCAUCAAGAAAAUAAUGGCCGGCGAAGACAUGAGAGCCCAAGCCCCGGUGAUGAACGACCACGUCGACGCAGUCCUUCUCCAGACCGACGCGACAGACACCGCAGUGACCAUUCUUACCGCCGGCAAGAUGACGAUAGACGUCGGGACUACAGCCGAGACAACGACAGUUGGAGGGGACCACGGAAUGGAAAUAGGCCUCGACAUAAUGGAAAUGGCUGAAAAGGCUCGCAAAUUAGCCACGAUGCAAUCGGCAGCCUCUGACAUGGACCAAGACCGGGAGAAACGGCUAGCUAGUCUGGAACGAGAGGAACGAGCAGCACGAGAAGCAGAUGAGAGGGCACGAGAACGAGGGGGUGAGCGAGGGUUCGUCAAUGGACUUCACAAGCAGGCUGGCAAGCUUGAUUUAGGAGAGAGAAUGGGUCGCAAUCGACAGGGUUACCAGCGAGAUGACGAUUGA